AUGGCCCAGACCAAAGACAAGCACUACUGGUCGCAGCUGCGCGCGGCGCUCACCGCGGGGCAGUGGACGUCGCCUGCGCCCGCGCACGACCCGCGGGGCGAGGCGCUGCCGUGGCCCGAGCUCGUGCGCAAGUUCAACAAGCACGUGAAGGGGUUUGAGGACGUUGCGCGGAUUGCGGCGCAGACGCAGAGCUUGGCGUCGUUGAUUUGUGUGUGUGCGCAAAGGGAGCGCAGUGGGGGGAAGGGUGUGGCUGAGGGAGGAGAGGCGGGGGUACAGCUAGGGGAGGAUGCGGACGAUGGGGGGCUGGUGUUGGGUGAGGAGCUGGUGUUGGGGAGUGCGGCGGCGGAGGAGGAGAGGGAGGAGGCGAGGAGGGGGUAUGAGGCGCUUGGGAGGAUGGAGGGGCAGGGCUUGGACUCCGUUCAUCUUGCUCUUGCAUACUACGCAUAUGCCCUUGGACAGCCGAGUGACUGUCUGAGGCAUAUAGCCAAGGUCUCGCAUAUCUUUGAUGCAAACGCGCAUGUCCCUGCUGAAGGGUCGACGCGUUCGAACGCUUCUGGCCUCCUCGCGCCUUCAUCGACAGCGUCAAGCAGUUCGACAUGGACAGAUACGUGGACAGGAAGCUUUGCUAGCACCGACUCUCAUGGGACGCCAACGGAUAUCAAGGACGGCAGGGCAUGGGCAAUGACUGAGUCGAUGAGGAGCUUGUGUCUGCAGGGCAUGUCUUUCGAGAAGCUUUCCCCCGACGAACAUGAGCUCGCGCUCAAAGCCUACGCAUCCGCCCUCCCGCUCAUCAACACCAUCAAAUUUGACCUCCCCCUCGCACCCGCACCACCUACAACCCUCUCGCCGCGCCCACCACGAUCCGCGCGGAGCGCAACAAUCUCCUCGUCCUCGUCCCCCUCCGCCUCGUUCAUGCCCUACCGCGAGCUCUGGCGCUGGACCGAGCGCAUCAUGUUCCGCGCCAUCGCACUCGCAUCGCGCACGCGCCCACUCGACGACCCGCUGCUGUGGACGCUCCUCUCGCACUACCACGACAGCUCCGCACACUGGCCCGAGACGUUCCAGCCGCACCGCCGCGGCACCGUCGCGCAUCUGCACCUCCGCGCGCUCGUCCUCCGCUUCGGCUCACCUUCUGCUUCGUUGUCUGCGAACGCGAACGCGACGGCGCAGAAGGCGGCGCUGACGGGCGAGCGGCCCCCUGAGUGGCUCAUGACGGCACGAUCGGUGAUCAAUGACUAUAGGGCCGUGUUGGGUGCGUCGACGAGGUUCCCGAAGGCGGGGGAGAAGAACGUGAAGGUGGAGGAGUUUGUCGAUCUGUGUGUUGCGGUGUGGGAGGCGGCGGGUGCGUUGCCAGAUCGCGCGAGAUGGGUGCUCGAUGUGCUGUGGUGGGCGACGCGCCUCACGUUCAACUCGUACCGCGUCUUCCGGCACAUGACGCGGCUCCUGUACGUGUCCGGCGACGUCGCGCUCGCGCGGCGCACGCUGCGGCUGUACACCCAGGUCGUCGGCAAGGCGCGGCAGGCCGGGCUGCGCGUGAACGAGGAUACGGACAGGCAUUGGGUCGAGACGCUCGUGGGCGGCGCUCGCAUGUUCUGCCGGCUCGCGCUCGAGAAGCUUACGCGCGAGGGCGGAGGCGCGGAGGAGACGGAGGAGGCGAAGGCGUGCAUCGAGAAGGCCAAGGAGAGGCUAGACGAGGACGAUAAGGAGAUGGUUGCGCGCGUGGCGCUCGCUGAAGGGGUGUGGAACUUGGUCGCUGCGCUCACAGAACAAAACCCGCACACGCGCCCGGCCCGCCUCUCCAUGUCCCUCGUGCAACUCACCAAGGCCGUCGGCACGUUCCCCACGCCCGCGGCGCACCACCACCGCGCCGUCGUGCUCUCCCUGCCCGGUCCGACGCAGAACAUGGACGAGGCGGUGAGCGCGGCGCGCGCCGCCGUCGAGAGCGAGCCGAGCGAGGUGCGCUACUGGCACCUCCUCGCGCUGCUCCUCACCGCCAACGGGCAGUGGGCGCAGGCCAAGGGCGUGUUGGACGUCGGCGCGGACAUUGGCGAGCCGGAUGAGGCUGAGGUGGACGGUGGCGCGUUGAUGGCGCCUGUGCUUGAGGAGGGUACUGUGGGUACACUCAACGGUAGUGCUGGCGGGGCGGCGCUCAUGCCCGAGGAUGGAGUUAAGGUGCGGGACUUUGAAGCUGAGAAGCAGGCGAACGGGUUUGGGAGUAGUCUCGUUGGGUCGUCAUCGUUGGCUGCGCCGUCGACUGCCGACCGGUCAUCGUCGAACGGGACGGGUGUGUCGACGCCUGUCCCCGAGCCACUACGGGCGCCUCCGCAGAUGCUCAUAGCCCGCGAUGCGACGGCGCUUCCACCUGCCGGGACGCUCUUGCACGGAAUUCCGGAUCACCCGGUCGCUGCUCCUCAAGAUGCGUUCGCAUACGCGCUGCAGCUGAGGAUGACGCAGAUGGCGCUCAUCGAGCACGUGGAAGGGCCAGAGGGCGCGGGUGUGCAGUGGGUGGAUGUGUUCUCGUGGGUGGCGGAGCGGAAGGCGAGCGCUUCGCUCGAAGCGCAGGCGCGCUCGUCGAUCGACACCACCGGCGGCCAGUCCUUCGCGACAACACGUGCGCCCUCGAUCACCUCUCCGUCCGUCUCGGGUCGUUCCCUCGCGCCCGACUCGUCCAGGGACGACACCAGGUCGAUGGUCAACGGCAUCGUGUCCGACAAGGACGCGCUCACGAACUCGAACACCAGCGCGAACAUGAACGCGAACGGGAACACGCUCACCCUCCCGAUUCCGGACUCCGUGCCGUCCAUCACCGUCACGCCCGGAACACCCGCGGAGCCCAGCUACCCGUACGGCUCGAUGGAGGAGACGCUCGAGAAGGCUUCGUCCGCGCAUGAGCGCGGCGGCGGCGGCGAUCCGUCGGCGGGCAAGAAGAUGCAGCAGAUGCUGAAGAACAGGGUACACAAGGGGCAGGAGAAGAUCAGCACGAUCUCGAAGAAGAUCGGGCAUAAUGUCGUUAGGAGAGGUGGCAGCUUGCGGAGAUCGAGUUCUGCACCUGACUUCAUUGCAGUCAUGCAGGGCGCGUCCUUCCAAGCCUCGUCCAUCGCCUCGCGCCGGCGCAUCCGCUCCGUCAUCCGCCAGCGGCGUGACAGCCUGCCGAACGUGGAGUCGCCGCCGCCACCGCCACCACCGGCGCUGCGGCCCGUCGCGCCCGAGAACAGCACAAAGCCGGCGCCGGCGACGGCGGAGGACAGGCUGCUGAGCGAGCUGUGGGCGAUGAGCGCGGCAACGUUCCGCCGGGAGGGCAAGAUCGAGCAGGCCAAGGGCGCGAUCCAGGAGGCGGAGGUGAAGGACGGGGAGAAUCCGAGCGUGUGGGUGCAGCUCGGCUUGUACCACCACGCGCUGAACCACGACCGGCAAGCCGUCGAGGCGUUCCAGAAGGCGCUGUUCUUCGCGCCGGACGAUAUAUCCGCCACCGUGCACCUCUGCCGGAUGCACCUCGGCACCGCCGACGUCUCUUCUUCCUCCGGCCCCGGUGGAGAGAAAGUGGACGGGGGCCGUAGUGUGGAGCAGGACAAGGUUGAUCUGAGCGCGGGCAUGCUCGCGUACGCGACCAAGACGGCGGGGUGGAACGUGCCCGAGGCGUGGUACUUCCUCGCGAAGGCGUACGGGCUCCAGGGGCGCAAGGACCGCGAGCGGGUGUGUUUGAAGCGCGCGCUGGAGCUGAGCGAGAAGAGGACGAUCAGGGAUAUCGGGAGUGCGAUUGGGUGGUGUUUGUGA